UGAUAGCUGCGACUUUGCCCUUUUUCUCCCACCAUUUCAUCUCGUACCAUUUCGCAUCUCGUAGCUUAUUCACAGAAAGCCGCGUUCGGUCAACACUAGACGAUUCACCCUGCACAAUGUCUUUAUCUGUUCCCGGCGUCCAGAGAAACGGAGUGCCGUCUUCAGCCUUAGUGGCGGACGGUUAUGCAAGCAACCACUUUGCUGGCAAGCAGGAGCAACUCCAAAAAGUAUGCGCGUAUGUCGAGCAGAAAGGUUUUAUUCCCAAGGAGCUGGUGUUGAAUGAAGUCUCAUGGUUCUAUGGAAACCUUGGAAUUGAUGACAUGUAUUUCCAACUUGAGAGUGUUGAAACCAUUGCUCAGCACAUCAUGGCGCUGUACGGAGCCAAGAUAUCAGCUUUCAUUAAGAAUGAACAGGCUUUGGACAUCGAGCUGGAGCGGGAAACUGAUGAGGGCGCAGUCUACAUUAACACAUCGCGCCCAGGCGUCUCAAAUACAGCCGGCCCCCAACACGAAAAGAGGAUCGAUGCUCGAUACCUGGACGGGAGCACCAAGAAUUUGGCAUAUCGUAUGGAAAGUUAUCGAUCCUCCGGCACAGUAUCAAGUUCUCUUUCCACCCAACUCCGUUGCUAUUUUGUCCGGAAAUGCAAUUUUGUCAAGGCUGAGCCUACCCUGGCAGAAGAAGCUGACAUUCGCCUUGUCAGCGACAGCACUUUCCUGGAAAAGGCAACCGAAAACACACUCGAGAUAUACUCAAAAGUCAUGAAACAUGCUCUCGUUCGAACCGGACCAGUAAUAGAAGUUUAUGAUAUCCCCAAGAGUCGUCAAAAGCGACUAGUCAUUGCAUUCAAACACCGAACAACACAAGGUCUUCUUGCAGCCAUUUCAGAUCUUUACCACUUUUAUGAAUUGUAUUCUACAAGAAAAUAUGUUGAAAACUUCUCCAAUGGAAUUACAAUUCACUGCAUGUACCUUGACCAAUUGCCAGGUAGCAAAGCGCCCCCGAUUGAAGCCUCCAUUUGGCAAGUAAUGAAGGAAGCCAGUUUGAUGUACUGUCUCCCUACAUCACCUCUCCAGCACUUCUUCCAAAGUGGCAGACUUAGUGUUCAGGAAACUGUUUACGGCUAUGUUGGAUGGAUUUUUGCGCAGCACUUCCUCAACCGUCUUGGGAACGAGUUCGUGGCUCUCUCAUCCGCGUUGGACCUCAACAAUACAUUGCACGUGGAGGUUCUUCAAAAGAUCAAAAAAAGACUCCGAUCGGACACAUUUACACGCGAGUAUAUCCUCGAUAUCAUCAAGCUCUAUCCGGAUCUUAUCAAGCUUCUCUACACCAAUUUUGCAAUGGUGCAUUACAUCAACCCUCCCCAUGAUGAAAUGCGUGUGUCGCUGUCAUAUCAGCGUCUGCAAACCACCCCUAUCUUAACGGAGGAGGAACUGCUGGACAAGAUCAAAAAGACAGUGUCGAACAAUCACGAAUUGAUGAUCUUUGAGUCUUACCUGACCUUCAACAAGCACGUGUUGAAGACAAAUUUCUACCAACCCACGAAGGUCGCUCUCUCCUUCAGAUUGGACCCUUCUUUCCUUCCAGAGAUUGAAUACCCGAACCACCUCUUUGGAAUGUUCCUUGUCAUCGGAAGCGAAUUCCGAGGAUUCCACCUUCGUUUCGAGGACGUGGCCCGUGGCGGAAUCCGCUUAGUUCGCUCUCGCAACAAGGAAGCGUACAGUAUCAACCUUCGUAGUCUCAUGGAUGAGAACUAUAAUCUGGCGGCAACCCAACAGCGCAAAAACAAGGAUAUUCCUGAGGGUGGCUCGAAGGGAACCAUUCUGCUCAACUUUGAUCAACAGGACAAACCGCGUGUGGCCUUUGAGAAGUACGUUGACGCCAUGCUUGAUCUACUCAUUGUUGGCGAGACCCCCGGUAUCAAAGAGAAGAUUGUGGAUUUGUACGGCAAGCCAGAGAUUCUCUUUUUUGGCCCUGAUGAAGGUACUGCCGACUACAUGGACUGGGCCAGUCAACACGCCCGUAAGCGAGGCGCCUCCUUCUGGAAAGCCUUCACGACAGGCAAGAGUCAGUCCUUGGGUGGAAUUCCUCACGAUACCUUUGGUAUGACCACGCGAUCGGUACACCAGUACGUCCUUGGCAUCUACCGCAAAUUGGGUAUUAAGGAGGAAAACGUGCACAAGCUGCAAACAGGUGGUCCAGAUGGUGACUUGGGAUCCAACGAGAUCAAGAUAUCGAAGGACAAGACCAUUGGUGUCGUGGACGGAAGCGGAGUGCUUUAUGAUCCUGAGGGUAUCAACCGCGAGGAGUUACUUCGUCUUGCCACCAAGCGUCUUAUGGUCAACCAUUUUGACAUGUCCAAACUUGGCCCUAAGGGAUUCCGCGUUUUGGUCGAUGAGACGAACGUACGUCUUCCGAACGGAACCGUCGUCGACAGCGGUGUCAAAUUCCGGAACGAGUUCCACCUGCACCCCCUCUCCAGUGCUGAUGUCUUUGUUCCUUGCGGUGGACGUCCCGAAGCUGUUGACCUUAGCAACGUCCAAGCACUGAUCAACUCCGACGGUUCUUCUCGCUUCAAGUAUAUUGUCGAAGGCGCCAACCUCUUCUUUACUCAAGAAGCUCGUCUUCGUCUCGAGAAGGCUGGAGCCAUUGUCUACAAGGACGCAUCUGCGAACAAGGGUGGUGUUACCUCCUCCUCCCUAGAAGUCCUCGCUGCUCUCGCCUUUGCAGACGACGAAUUUGCCGAAAACAUGCAAGUCAAGAACGGCGUUACACCUGCCUUUUACACCGACUACGUUAAAGCUGUUCACGGUAUCAUUGAAAAGAACGCCGAACUGGAGUUUGAGGCCAUUUGGCGUGAAUCGAACCGUACCAGCCUCCCAAAGUCCAUUAUUUCCGACCAACUCAGUUUGGCAAUUGUCAAGUUGAAUUCGGAACUUCAAUUGACGACUUUGUGGGACAAUGUUCCCUUGAGGCUCAUUGUCCUUCAAGAGGCCUUCCCAAAUAUUUUAUUGGACAAGCUGGGAUUGGAGACGCUUCUAAAGAGGGUACCGGAAACAUACGUCAAGGCCAUCUUUGGCAGUUACUUGGCCAGUCGAUUUGUCUACAAAUACGGGACGGAACCCAGUCAAUUCGCAUUCUUUGAAUACAUGGCUCCGUAUUUCGCGAAACUCUCUCAACAACAGUGAAAUGGUUAGCUACAGACUUUUCUAACAGAACAUUUGUUGGACAUUAUUGUUUUAGUCAUUACAGAGUGGGAAGGUAGAUGGGGACAGUGCGGGGCAAUGGUGGGCGUUUUCAUAGAGACUUGCGAAUUUGUGUGAGUCCUGUUCUUUGCAUGCAAAUGACAAUCUGGUUACAUUACAUACAUUAUGAAUUUGUUUACUAGUCACUUGGUAUCGAAAUGUUGACAAUUUCGAAUUGACGAUAAAUUCUCGCAAGACAGAGCAUUCAUCAACGGUUGUCCGGGACGUUCACCAAAUCGGCAGUAUUGCAAUAUAUUUUUAUAAGUCCAAAAAUAAAGAAGUAAUAGAAUAUGCAAACUUGUACAAA